GGCAUUCAGCAGCACUCAACCAACCGACAAGAUGACUACGCUCAGUGCUAAGGACAAGGACGCAGUCAGAACCUUCUGGGCUAAAGUGUCUGGAAAGGAGGAGGAGAUCGGCACCGAUGCUGUCGCUAGGAUGCUGGCGGUGUACCCGCAGACUAAGACUUACUUCGCCCACUGGAAGGACCUGAGCCCCACCUCUCCCUCUGCGAGGAAGCACGGAGUGACUGUGAUGAAAGGAGUUGCAGAUGCUGUGUCCAAAAUCGACGACCUGAAAGGAGGUCUUCUGCCCCUCAGUGAGCUGCAUGCCUUCACUCUGCGUGUGGACCCUGCCAACUUCAAGAUUCUCUCUCACUGCCUCCUUGUGGUCCUGUCCAGCAAGUUCCCCAACGACUUCACCCCUGAGGCUCAUGUUGCUCUGGACAAGUUCCUGGCUGCUUUGGCUCUGGCCCUGUCUGAGAAAUACCGAUAAACAGCAGGAGAAGAUGAAGGAGACUGCAGCAUGAGCUUACGUUGCAUAAUGAUUAAUAAAUGCAUUCAUGCAAAAAGCAAAGC